AUGUUUAAAUACUUUCGGAAGCAUUUCAUCCAUCACCUGAGAGAACGCAAGAGACAAAGGUCACGGCUGGUGUCCAAGGAUGGAAGGUGUAACAUAGAGUUUGGGAAUGUGGAAGAACAGUCAAGGUUUAUUUUCUUGGUUGACAUCUGGACCACUAUCCUUGACCUAAGGUGGAGGUACAAAAUGACUAUCUUCAUCUCUGCUUUUUUAGGCAGCUGGUUCUUUUUUGGCCUUCUUUGGUAUGCAGUGGCAUACAUACACCAGGAUCUGCCAGAGUUCAGUCCAUCAAUGAAUCAUACGCCAUGUGUGGACAAUAUAAAUGGCUUGACUUCUGCCUUCCUCUUCUCUCUAGAGACCCAGGUGACCAUUGGCUAUGGGUUUAGGUGUGUUACAGAACAGUGUGCCACUGCCAUUUUCUUGCUGAUCUUCCAGUCUAUCCUAGGAGUCAUCAUCAACUCUUUUAUGUGUGGGGCUAUCUUGGCCAAAAUCUCCAGGUCGAAAAAGAGGGCCAAAACCAUCACUUUCAGCAAGAAUGCUGUCAUCAGCAAGCGUGGUGGAAAACUGUGUCUUCUCAUCAGGGUGGCCAAUCUCAGGAAAAGCCUUUUGAUUGGGAGCCAUAUCUAUGGCAAGCUUUUGAAAACCACCAUCACGCCAGAAGGAGAAACAAUAAUUUUGGAUCAAGUCAACAUAGACUUUGUUGUUGAUGCUGGCAACGAGAACCUCUUCUUCAUUUCUCCCUUGACGAUAUACCAUAUCAUUGACAAGCAUAGCCCAUUCUUUCACAUGACGGCAGACACCAUUCACCAACAAGACUUUGAGCUGGUGGUCUUCCUAGAUGGAACUGUGGAAUCAACCAGUGCAACUUGCCAAGUCAGGACAUCUUACAUUGCUGAGGAGGUUCUCUGGGGCUAUCGUUUUUCUCCUAUUGUCUCCAAAACCAAAGAAGGGAAGUAUAGGGUGGACUUCCACAACUUUGGCAAAACCAUGGAGGUAGAAACCCCCCACUGUGCCUUCUGCCUCUACAAUGAGAGAGAUGCUAAAGCCAAGGUCAGGAUGGGAUAUGACAACCCUGCCUUCACAUAUCAAGAAUUUAAUGAAACCAGUGACACAAAAAUGUAA